AUGGCCUCCCAAAUCAACCUCGACGGCCACUCCCUAAUGGAAAAGCUCAAGCGCAAAGAAUCAAGCCUGGAACUAAUGCAAGCCGCCGCAGAAUGCAAAGACCACAUGGCCGCCGGCAUCGACACAACAGGCGAUGGUCUGUGUUUCUUAAUGUGGGAGCUCUCACAGCCUCAGAACCUCUGUUUCCAGCAACGUCUUUACAAAGAGCUCACCGCUGCACCGGCCAAUGCACCCUUGGAUAGCUACGUAUAUCUCGACGCUGUCAUUAAAGAGGCGCUGCGGUGUGCGCCACCUAUUCCGAUGUCGUUGCCUCGCUAUGUACCUGCUGGUGGGAGGGAGAUUGAUGGGUAUGUCGUUCCGGAGCAUACUAUUGUUAGCUGUCAGCCUUAUUCGGUGCAUCGGAUCAAUAAGAGUGUCUUCCCUGAGCCUGAUCGGUUCAAUCCUGAGCGAUGGCUUGUUGAGGAGGGGGCUACUGAGCGGAAUAGGCUUUUCUUUUCCUUUGCUACGGGUGGGAGGGGGUGUACUGGGAAAAAUCUUGCGCUUGUUGAGAUGAAGAUGCUGCUUCGGGAAGUAUAUUCUCGUUAUCGGACGGUGGUGGCUUCGGAUAUGACUGCUUCGAUGAAGCUGGAUGAUCAGAUUAUCUCUUCGAGGCCCGAGGGGCAGAGCUGUAAGCUAGUCUUUGCGGCUGUAGAGUGA